UCCAUCUCCAACCCGGCAGCUAGUGACCCUUCAGCUGCUGCAAUACACAUGAAGCCACCAGAGCAGGAUCAGACAGUAGGACAGGACCAGAACAAUGGAGAGGAGGGGAAGGAGAAUCAGCCACUUCAGGCUUUAGAGAAACCCUUCAUGGCCAACGUCAAGCCCAAACAGAGCCUCGCCACAUCAGUGGCUAACUCCGCCGCAUCAGUGGCUAUAUCCACCGCUAGCUCCUCGUCAAGUUUAGAGAAACCCUUCAUGGCCAACGUCAAGCCCAAACAGAGCCUCGCCACAUCAGUGGCUAACUCCGCCGCAUCAGUGGCUAGAUCCACCGCUAGCUCCUCGUCAGCCAUUGCCAAGCAGACGUUACAGCUGUUCCAACCAGAGGCCCUGUCCACCAACAUGGACGAGACAUACAGCACCUUGUCUCAACACGUCAACGACUACUUUGGGAGUUGUACGAGUCUAUCAACAGGAGAUGACAAGAAGCCUCACCAUCUAAAUGACAAUGCUCAAGCAUCCAUGUCCUCCAAGCCUGCUCUCAGUCUACGCUAUCAGAGUACUAAGAGCGGGGACCACAUCCCCGUCUCAGUACCUGUGGCAGCUGAGACCAAGGCUAUCCAGGGCAAGGCAGCUACCCCACAGCCGAUUCCUCCCCUGGAGGAGGUUCGCCCAACCUCGGGUGUUCCCACCCGAGAGAGCCCUGCCACAGACAGUACUUCCUCUGACCCAGUCACCCAUACCCCCACCCUAACACCCUCUAAAAAAGGGGGGUUUGGGCAGUAUCUGUCUGACCCUCGUCCCAAUGUUCAGGCAUUCUUUGGCAACUACAUAGCACCCUUGGUACCUAGUAAGUUCAGAGCUGACCCCAAGAGCGUCACAGCAGCAGUUGAAGAGAAGACUACUGAGGCGGCUGUGAGGAAGCCUGGAGAGAAGAUGGAGACUGAGGAGGAGAAGAAGAAUGCUGAAGAGGGGGCCAAGAAACUACUGCUGAGCCAGAGAGAGAAGAUCAUAGCCCGGGUGAGUAUGGACAACAGGACCAGAGCCUUGGUGCAGGGCAUCCAGAAAGCCACAGACAUGAACAUCCACACCAGCCGUGUGGAGGAGCUUAGCCUGCAUCUUCUGGAGUACCCUGAGACACGCGGCGUGGCCGUCAAGGAGAGGGUGAUCCCGUGCCUGUUGCGUCUGAGGCAGACCAGAGACCCCCGGCUCCAGGCUGCAGUGAGAGAGGCCCUGGCCCUGGUGGGAUACACAGACCCUGUGAAGGGCCAGGGUAUACGGAUCCUGGCCAUCGAUGGAGGGGGGACCAGGGGUCUGGUAGCCCUGCAGACCCUACACAAACUGCAGACACUGACGGGCAAACCCAUCUACCAGCUGUUUGACUACAUCUGUGGGGUCAGCACAGGUGCCAUCCUGGCCUUCAUGUUGGGGCUGUUCCAGAUUCCUCUGGAUGAUUGUGAGGAACUCUACAGGAAGCUGGGUUCUGAUGUGUUCAAACAGAACGUCAUCGUGGGAACCGUCAAGAUGGGCUGGAGCCACGCCUUCUACGACAGCCAGAUCUGGGAGAACAUCCUCAAGGAGAGAAUGGGAGAAGGCCUCAUGGUCGAGACAGCCCGGGAUCCAAAAUGCCCAAAGGUGUCAGCAGUGAGCACCAUAGUGAACAGGGGUCUGCCUCUGAAGGCCUAUGUGUUCAGGAACUACAGCAUGCUACCAGGGGUCCGGUCCCACUACAUAGGAGACUGUAAACACAAGAUGUGGCAGGCCAUCAGAGCCUCCUCCGCCGCCCCAGGGUACUUCCAGGAGUAUACACUGGGAAAAGACCUGCACCAGGUAACCAAUUCAUCUAUCUCUGUAUGUGUAGCUUCAGUACUCUCUCUCUGUUUAUCUACCUCAACCUCUCUCUGUUUAUCUACCUCAACCUCUCUCUGUUUAUCUACCUCAACCUCUCUCUGUUUAUCUACCUCAACCUCUCUCUGUUUAUCUACCUCAACC